UUGAUGUAUGGGCUUCCAUAGAGUUGGGCCCAGCCCAGAAAUCAUUAGGUAGCAUACUGGACCCACAUUCCAAUAUUCCAUACUGAUAAGUGAUAACCCAAGUUCAGUGAUUCAGUUGAGUCCCCUUGCCAGGAAGUUGGGAGCAAACCCUACCAUUUUCCUAUUCCAAUCACCACCGUCUACGGCGGCGAUAGGGCCAAUGAAAAACCACCCAAUCCUCUCAACUCUUGAAUACUGGCUAGUGAGGCACCCCAAAAUCCUUCACUUCUCAUGGAACCCAGGUCAGACCACAGGCUCCACCACACUCUUCCUAACCUUCGCCGUCCUAAUUUACCUCUCCCUAGCACUCCUCCUCCCCCGAAUCCCUCUCCCUUCCCUUGGGUCCCACAUCCUCAAACCAAUCACAGCCGUCCAUUCCCUCACCCUCUUCCUCCUCUCCUUCAUCAUGUGCCUGGGCUGCACCCUCUCCAUCAUGACCACUCAUGAACCUCGCCACACCAUAUGCUUCCCUCCCCACACUCCUCCCACUGGGCCACUCUUCUUCUGGGCCUACGUCUUCUACCUCUCCAAGAUUCUUGAAUUCGUGGACACAAUCCUCAUCAUCCUCGCCAAGUCUUUUCAACGGCUGACGUUCCUCCACGUCUACCACCACGCGACUGUGCUGGUCAUGUGUUACCUUUGGUUACAAACGUCACAGUCGUUGUUCCCUGUCGCACUUGUCACGAAUUCGUUGGUCCACGUGUUCAUGUACUGCUACUAUCUGUUGUCGGCGAUGGGAAUGCGGCCGAAGUGGAAGCGAUUGGUGACUGAUUGCCAGAUUGUGCAGUUCGUGUUUAGCUUCGCCAUAUCAGGUCGGAUGCUGUAUUACCAUUUUACCGGGUCGGGUUGUUCCGGCAUAUUGGGUUGGUGCUUCAAUGCUGUUUUCAACGCUUCGCUUUUGCUUCUUUUUGUUGACUUUCACGGCAAGAGUUACGCCAAAAGAAGAGCCGUUGACAAAGAUAAACGGUCGUGAUUUUUCGUUCUUUUUCAUUUUAUCGAUUAAUGGAACAGUUGCGAUUGAUUGCAAAUGUAAUAAAAUCCUGAGUUUUUAUCCUGU